AUGCCCUCGACUACUAGUCUGUGCCAAGACGAGGCAUGUCCUCCUUAUAGUCUCAUGGAUGAUUACAGCGAGGGCGCUCACCCACAAAUUCUGGAAGCUCUUCUCCGCACAAAUUCUACACAACAAGUCUCCUAUGGCAACGAUGAUUAUUCCAAUCAAGCCCGGGAACUGAUCCGUCAACACAUCCAUUGCACCGCAGAUGAGGCGGAUAUCUUUUUCGUCCCGAGCGGGACUUCUGCCAACUUGAUCUCUAUCGCGAGUUGUCUUCGUCCCUAUGAGGCCGUGAUUACGCUCGAUUCGGGUCACAUUGCCUGUAAAGAGGCCGGUGCGAUUGAAGCCACCGGCCACAAGCUCAUUCUCGUCCCCGCAGUCGAUGGGAAGAUGACCCCGACCAAUUUGCGCAAGGCGUUCCAGCAAAAUCAAUUCUAUCCACAUAUGGCCAAGCCUCGCUUGCUUUACAUUUCCAAUGCCUCAGAGACGGGGACUGUCUACACGAAGCGCGAAUUGAGCACUCUGUCAGCGCUCUGCCGAGAAUUGAACCUUUUGCUUCUGGUGGACGGAGCUCGAAUGGGCACUGCACUGUGCUCCAAGAAGAAUGAUAUGGCUCUGCGAGACAUCUUCGAGCAUGCCGAUAUCUUCUGGAUUGGUGGCACCAAAGCCGGGGCCUUGAUGGGUGAAGCUAUCGUGGUGAAGAGGGCGCUCGCCGAGGGCUUCGUCUUUCAUCUCAAACAACACGGCGCUUUGCUGGCAAAGGGCCGAAUCAUGGGAAUCCAAUUUGUGGAGUUGUUCCGUGAUAACCUUUUUUUCACGUUGGCCACCCACGCCAACGCCAUGUCCGAGAAAAUCUCGGCCAAUUUUGAAGCUUUGGGCUACAAACUCGCUGCAGAAACACAGACCAACCAGGUCUUUGUGACGCUACCCCCGCGUUUGAUUCGGACGUUGCAGGAGAAGUUUCGAUUCUAUACGUGGGAUCAUCUGGAUGAUGGGCAGGUGGUGGUGAGAAUUGUGACCUCGUGGGCAACGGAUGAGUUGCAGGUGGACCGAUUCAAUGCUUCGGUGCUACAGUGGACGGUAGCAAAUAAGGACAUGAGCAUUGACUAG